AUGGCGGCGCUGGCCGCGGUAGGGGUAGAGACAGCGGGGACAGCAGCGAUCCAGGGCGUGGCUCGACACGCGAGCGUCGGCACCCUCUGGUGCAGCAACAGCCUAGCACUGCUUAACCACCUGCUGCAGUACCCUGCCUUCUCCUCUCCCUCUACGGGCUUCGCUUCGGACGCUGCUGGAGAUGCUUAUAGCGGGUAUGUGACUGCUGGUGGUGGUGGUGGUGGUGGUGAGGGCAAGGAGGAUUUUUUUGGUGCUGCCACGUGGCGUCGCCUGGGGCUGCCACGUGGCAUGCUGGAGCAGUUUUAUGACCGGCAGCAGAAGCUGGUGCUGGUGAAGCUGUGCACGAGUGUGAGUGGACGAGCGGCUAGGAGCGCUGGUAAAAGUGUGACUAAAAGCGCAGCUAGGAGUGCUGCUAAAAGUGGGACUAACGCGACGUCAGAUGGAGAGUAUGGCAAGGGGAAAGGGAAGGGGGGUAUGAGUGAAGGGGGGGUUGGGGAUUUCGUGGUUAAAAAGGAGGAGGGAGCAGAUAGUGAGGUGGGCGCUGGGGAAGGGGUGAGGGAAGAGGUGGGGGAAGAGAUGGGAGAGAAAGAAACCGAGAAAAGGGAAGAACGGGAGGGGCGUUUUAAAAAGGUAGGCGGAGAGAAUGGGACAGGGGGGGAGGAGGAGGAGGAGGAGGAGGAGGAGGAGGAGGAGGAGGAGGAGGAGGAGGAGGAGGAGGAGGAGGAGGAGGAGGAGGAGGAGGAGGAGGAGGAGGAAGAAGAGGAGGAGGAAGAGGAGGAAGAGGAGGAGGAAGAUGAAGAGGAGGAAGAAGGGGAGGAGGAGGAAGAGUGGAAGGAGGAGGAGGAGGAGGAGGAGGAGGAGGAGGAGGAGGAGGAGGAGGAGGAGGAGGAGGAGGAGGAGGAGGAGGAGGAGGAGGAGGAGGAGGAAGAGGAAGAGGAAGAGGAGGAGGAGGGUGACAUGGAGGCAGCGGUGGAGCGGGCGUGGUUGCUGUUAUUCACAGCGUGCCACGUGGUGGUAUGUGUCAGCCCCUCGCCCCUCUUCCACCCGCACCUGCUGCGCUCCUUCCGCUCCCUGCAGCGCGCCAAGCUCGCCCUGCUGCCGCGCCUGCUGCUGCCCCACCGACCGAGGGAGACACUGCCAAAGCAUCCGACGACGCCAGAGCACUGCGAGGAGAAUCAGCUGCUGCAAGAGCUGCCCCAGCCUGCUGCUCUCGCCGUGACUCACACCGCAGGAGGAGGAGGGAAGGGCGAGGGAGGAGGCAAGGAUGGUGGGGCUGGGGGCAGGGAGGCGGCUGCUGUAGCAGCAGGAGGAGGAGGAGGAUCAGCCACUGGUGCUGCUGGUGCUGCUGGUGCUUCUACUGUUGGUACCAGUGCGGCCAGUGACGCGAGUCCACCUGUCAUGUCGCCAUUGGUCAUCCGUCGCCGCAUGCAAUCCGCCCUGGAGUCGCAGAUCAGAUCACUGCUCAAGCGCUGCCGCCCGGUGGCCUCUGCUGUGGACGUACACGUGGCAGGCCCCCGUUGGCUGAGGCAAUGGACGGCCAUGAUGAAGAGUGGAGCACUGAGCCAGAUGAAAGAUGCGGAAGGAGCAGCAGCAGCGCCACCACCAGCAGCAGCAGCAGCAGCACCACCACCAUCAUUAGCAGAAGAUGCAACACUGGCAGCAGCGGUGGCAGCAGCAGCGUCCCCUCUGUUCGUGCUGGACCCCUCUCGCUGUGCUCUCGUCAUUCACCACUCUGCUCUCUCCAACCAACGCGGCCUCUCCACUGCUACUGACGCCCUCAUGGCUGCACAACUGGGCGACAAUCCGGGUGGCGGUUUGGGCGGCAGUCUGGGCGGCAUGGGACAAGAACUGGGCGGCAAGGGAUUGAACGCGAGCGUGGCAUUGCAGCAGCAAGGCCUUCCUCUCUCCUUCUCCCUCCUCUCCCCGUCCUUCUCAUCCCUCGCGCCCUUCUCCCCCGUGCUUCUCAACCCGCCAGCACCGCUCUCCACCGCACCGCAAUCCCACGUACCCUCCACCCUCACAUCAGCCCUCUCAGCAGCACCACUUUCCUCCUCAUCAGAACUAGCAGAGUCAGCAGCGGGGUCGAUCUGGGACUUUAUUGUGGGGCAGAGGGAGGUGAUGGAGGCUCGAUGGAAGGCCGCUCAGCCCCUCCCAGGGCGAGGCGCUGGCUCUGCCAGUGUUGGGGGCAGAGGGGGAAGUGGCGCCACGGACGGCAGCGGUACCGCCUUAUUGUCCCUUGCUCCAACCGCAGCUGUGCCAGCUGGUUCGGGUGCAGCAGCAGCAGCAGCAGGAGGAGGAGGAGGAGAAGGAGCAGGAGCAGGAGCAGGAGGAAAUGAAGGGGCGGAUGUGGAAGCAGGGCCAGUGGCAGGGGCAGGGGCAGCAGCAGCUGUAGGGGCAGGGGCAGGGGGGGGGAGAGGGGGCAUGAGGGGGAGGGGAGGGUGGGCGGGGGCGCUGGGGCUGACAAGAGGGGGAAUGGGGGGAGGGGGGGCAAGAGGGCGCAUGGGGGGAGGCGUGGGGGGAACUGCAGGCGGAGUGGGGGGAGGGGGGCUACCGUGGGAGCUACCAGAUUUUGACACGUGGCAGGCUGGGUGUGAGAGGGUGGCUCGUGUGGUGUGUGAGUGGAGAGGGAAAAGGGAUCAGGGUUCUGGUCAGAGGGUGGACGGAGGGUUCCAAGGGGAUGCAAAGGAGUUUGGUGCGGUGCUGACCGCGUUUGGUUAUCCUGGCAGAGGUGCUGGUAGCAGUAGGAAGAGGGACGUGCAAGGAAGAGGAAGAGGGGGAGGAAGAGGAGGAGGGAGAGGAGGAGGGAGAGGAGGAGGGAGAGGAGGAGGAAGAGGAGGAGGGAGAGGAGGAGGAAGAGGAGGAGGAGGACAAGGAAGGGUGGGUGUAUCGGCAACACCAUCUCUACAAUCAUCAACAGCAGCAGCAGUGCUCACGCCAUCCCAACCUCCCUUCACGCACACGCACAUGCACUGCGACCAAUCAGAUUCGUCCAGCUCCCGUGCAGCGCGCUUCUCCUCCUUGCUCUGCCGCACUGCCCUCACCCGCGCCCUCCACACGUACCGCAGGGGCCUCGGGCAGCUCUACACUGCCCGUGUGCACCAAACACACUUCUGGGCAGCCGUGAAAGUUUUCGCGGAGGCCGCCCGAGGACCUGCCCGGGGGGAGUUCUUCGAGCUGCUGACGCGGCAGUGUUAUGAGCACUGGGUGGGGAAGGGAGUGGGAGGAGUGGGAGGAGGGAGGCAGCAGUGUGAGGCGGUGUCUGCCUUGGGAUUACCAUGCUGGUUACCGCUAGGGCAUGAGAGGUGGGGGGUGGCAGUGAGGGAGGAGGUGCACGGGAUGGCAAGGAGGGCAGGGGAAGCAGGGCAACGGGAACACACUGUUGCAGCUUUCUUCGAGGGCAGAGCGAGCAGGUGUGGGAGUGGGGCGAGCAGGCAUGAGAGCGGGGCAGUGCUGCUGUGUGCGUGUGUCUGUGGCAGCACUCAAGCUCUUCUCUGUGACCCCUUCCUCCCUACGCCCCUCUCCUCCUUCUCGCUCUCCUCCCUCCUCCGCCCAUCGCUUUCCUGCUGCGACCUGCUCUGGUCCAUUCCUCUUGACCAGACGAGCUGGGGAGAAGCAAAGGCGAACAGGCAAAGCUCUAAAGCUGGCGAGACGGAAUCUCAAUGGAGAGAGGACGUGCAGAGGAGAGAGCGGAAGGGGGGUGAGGGGUUGGAAUUUGAGUGGGGUGUUACUGUUCUGGGCAGUCGGAAUGGGUACGACCCAAUUAAGGGGGUCCAGCAGGAGGGAUUUCUGCCUGGGCGAAACUUUCUUCUGCCCUGGGCAGUCCAGCUGCCGGCGAUCUAUGUGGCUGAGGAGGGAGGCCGGGGUGCGGGCAGCAGCAGAGGGGCAGGAAAGGAAAGCGGGUUGGUGGGUGUGGAGGGAGGGACGAGGGGAGGUGGAGGAGUGGGAGAUGGAGGAGAGGGAGGUGGAGGGAAAGAGGGGGAGGUGAGGGGGGGGGGUUGGGAGGGAGAGAGUGACAGCAGAGGAGAAGGAGGGGAGGGAGGAGAGGGAGGAGAGGCAGGAGAAAGAGGGGGUGAAGGGGAGGGAUGUAAAGUGCCAGGGGUUGUGGAAGCUGCUGCGUCGAAGGGGUUGGGAGGUGGGCGUGGGGCGGUGGCCGAGACUCGCUAUUGCAUGGCUCGAUAUAGUGUAGGGGAUGCUGGCGUUAUUGCUGCACUAGAAGAGGGGGCUAAGGUGGUGGUUGCAGAAAGGGAGUGGCAGCAGGGGCAGGGAGGGCAGGGCGUGCAGCAGGAAACAGAGGGGGAGGUGGAUGCACGGGCAGAGGAUGGGGGGAAGAAGGAGGUGGGGGCAGGGGCAGGGGCAGGUGCAGGAGCAGGGGCAGGAGCAGGGGCAAAAGCAGCAGCUGCGGUAGGGACAGGGGCAACGGCAGCGUUACGUGCUCGUGAGGUGCAGCCUCCCACCUCUUUUGCCCGUGUUGCCGCCAUUGCAGGGGGAGCAGGUAGGCAAGCAGCAGCAGUGAACACUGCUGAGAUGGCGUUCCCUCCCCUCUCUGCCUCUGUGCAUGGCGCAGCAGCACCGCAUGGGGUGACAGCAGGGCAUGGCGCAGCCACUGCAACGCAUGGGGCUGACAAGGGUGGCGGGGCAGAGGGAUUGAUUGGAGGUGAGAAGGACUGGGUUGGGGAGUGGGUUGGGAGGGACCAGUCUCUGGUGGUGGUGUGCCCUGCGUGUGAGGCGGUGAGAGAGCGUGGUGUGCGGAGUGUUACUGUGAAGGGGGAGGAGGUGAUGCUGGGGAGGGAUGAGAGAGUGGAGGGGGAAGGGGAGGGGAGUGGGGAAGAGGAGGAGGAGGAGGAGGAGGAGGAGGAGGAGGAGGAGGAGGAGGAGGAGGAGGAGGAGGAGGAGGAGGAGGAGGAGGAGGAGGAGGAGGAGGAGGAGGAGGGAGGGGAGGAGGGGGAAGGGGAGGAGGAGGAGGGAGAGGAGGGGGGAAGGGAAUCGAAUACAAAACGGGUGGGAAGAGCGAUUGUCAAACAGGAGAGAGAAGAGGAAGUAGGAUUGGGAGAAGCAAAGGCCUCGACUGCUGGUGAUGGUGAUGCGAGCAGCAGUGGCGGGACGGGAGAGGGGAUUGAGAGGCAAGAUGGGAAGACAAUUGGGGAUGUGGGAGGGAAAGGAGCAGCGAGGGGAGAGGGCAGCAAGGAGAGAGGGUCAAGUGGGGGCAAGUGGGGCCACAGGAAGAGGUUCUUCCCAGCAACUGCUGCUACUCUGCAGCGCAUCUAUGUGCUAAAGCUUUUUCCUAGCACUGCUGCCCUUCCUAGCACUGCUGCCCUUCCUAGCACUGCUGCCCUUCCUAGCACUGCUGCCCUUCCUAGCACUGCUGCCCUUCCUAGCACUGCUGCCCUUCCUAGCACUGCUGCCCUUCCUAGCACUGCUGCCCUUCCUAACCAUGACGAGGAGGGCGAGGGGAGGGUGGAGAGCAGUAAAACUGGCCGGAGCCGCGAGGGUGGGUCGAAUGAUGGAAUCUUCAUGCUGAGUGCUGGCAAAGGAGGAGGGCGGGCGGGCGGCUUUUCUGCCCGCCCCUCUCUGCUGUGUGGCGUGGCGUCUCUCCCAUGCACGGAUGCACGCCCCCCACCAAAGGCAGCCGCAACCACACUGGGUGGCACGGUGCUGCCUCACUGCAUGGAGGCAUGCACUGCACGCCCCCUCACUGCCACUGCACUGCCUGCAUCAGCUGCGAAGGCUGCAUCAGGGUCCACACCAGUCAUCUACUCUGCCGCUGCCUUGCUGAGUGCAGGCAGUCCCAUGCAGGGCAAGGUGCAGGGUAAAGCGCUCUUUGUCUAUCCACCCACUUUCGCAUCUUGCCGUUACGCCUCUGCGAGUGGCUUUGGGGGCGGCUGCUCCGUGCACGUCUUUCUGUGGCCGGGGCACGGCCGCUCUGACGUCCUUUCGGUAAAGCCUUUCCCCUGCUAG